AUGGCUCCUACUUCUCAACAACCAACUCCAUCUCCAUCUCUAUCUGACUCACUAACCACCGAUGCAUCAUCGGACGUUACCAUCACUGGAAAGAUAUACACACGAGUUCGUCUCGCAACAAAAUCUGAUCUAUCUCAUAUAUACAAAUUGUUUUACCAAAUCCAUGAAUACCAUAACUUCACUCAUUUAUACAAAGCUACUGAGUCCUCCUUAGAGGGCUUGCUUUUUAAAGAAAAUCCUCUUCCACUUUUCUAUGGGCCAUCCGUACUUCUACUUGAAGUCUCUCCAACCCCUUUUAACGAACCCACUAACCAAGCGUUCAAGCCCGUCCUUACAACGUUUGAUCUUAAAUUCCCCGUGGUGGAAGGACAAGUUGAGGAAUUCCGAUCCAAACAUGAUGAUAAGAGUGAUGCUUACAUUGCAGGAUAUGCUUUCUUUUACGCGAAUUAUUCAUGUUUCAAUGACAAGCCAGGAUUUUAUUUUGAAAGUCUUUACUUCAGGGAGAGUUAUAGAAAGUUGGGAAUGGGGAAAUUGUUGUUUGGAACAGUUUCGUCCAUUGCUGCGAACAAUGGGUUCGUAUCGGUCGAUGGAAUAAUCGCAGUUUGGAAUAAGAAGUCAUAUGAUUUUUACAUAAAUAUGGGAGUUGAAAUUUUUGACGAGUUUAGGUAUGGAAAGUUGCACGGUGAAAAUCUUCAAAAGUAUGCACAUAAUAAGGGGAAAACUGAGGAAGAGACCUGUUAA